UUGCCCCGCCUCCGAGGCGGGAAGGGGCGGUGGCAGCCCGGGUGAGCCCCCGGAUCUAGGGCCUAGGGUGGAUGCCAGGGUUAGUAAGGAAAUGGGGAGGCUUUGCAGGCCUACGUCAGCCUAGAAGUCCAGUUAGUGACCUCCAACGGGAGGAAGCAGCCACAGUUGAUUUGAACCUCUAAGCCACCCUGUGAGCUCAGAAGUUACUUUCUCUCCCAGAGCAUGCUAAGCUGACCUCAGCUGUGAAUGAACGAACGCCGUUAUUCAAGUUUUUGAAAGCUGGGUUAAUGGUGUGUUAAUAUUCAUGAAUGAUCAGCUAAAACUUAGGUUAGAAACCCAUAUACGGUAUUUACAAUGAGUUGAAUGAAGCCAGCGGUUACCUGUAUCAUUGAACACAAAGUAAUUAUAGUGGGACUGGAUAAUGCAGGGAAAACUACCAUUCUUUACCAAUUCUUAAUGAAUGAAGUAGUUCAUACAUCUCCAACCAUAGGAAGCAAUGUUGAAGAAAUAGUUGUGAAGAACACUCAUUUUCUGAUGUGGGAUAUUGGUGGUCAAGAAUCACUGCGGUCAUCCUGGAACACGUAUUACUCAAACACUGAGUUCAUCAUUCUUGUUGUUGAUAGCAUUGACAGGGAACGACUAGCCAUUACAAAAGAAGAAUUGUACAGAAUGUUGGCUCAUGAGGAUUUACGGAAGGCUGCAGUCCUAAUCUUUGCAAAUAAACAGGAUAUGAAAGGGUGCAUGACAGCAGCUGAAAUCUCUAAAUACCUCACCCUUAGUUCAAUUAAGGAUCAUCCGUGGCACAUUCAGUCCUGCUGUGCUUUAACAGGAGAAGGAUUAUGCCAAGGUCUAGAGUGGAUGACCUCCCGAAUUGGUGUGAGAUAACUUUUUGCUUGAAAAGAGACUGCUCUAUUUAUUCUGUGACAUGAACAUUUUCCUAGUACCUUUGGCUGCUAAGGCAGCAGCAUGUUUAAUUUAUAACAACACAAACCUCUAUGAGCAACACUUGAAUCAAGUGCAGCUGAACUGGAACAUAAAAGAUUUUUUUCUUAACUUUUUUUUAAUGCACUAAUCUUCAGUUGGAUGAACAUAAUGUAUAACUAUGUUUUCAGCAACAUAAUUCUUCUGACUGCUGAUCUAAUUAUUCAAUGACUGCCUUGUAAGAAAUGUUUGUCAUAUGUUUAAUGUUUUCUGAAGUAUUGUAAUAACUUUAAUGACCAACUUCUUUCAUUUCUUGACCACCCCCUUUCCCUACCAGAUAAUUACUGGCUUGACAGAGUAGUAGUGGAAAUCAUCGGGUACUGCUUGCAAACUUAACCAGCACUAAAUAUUUGCUCCCUCUUCAGACCACUUGUCUUUUGGAUAGAACUUAUAAAGAAAAAAAUCUGCCCAAAAGAUACAUAUAUAUAUACAUAAGGAAGAUUAACCAUCUAUGAGAACUGCCCUUAAGUUAAUUUCUCCCAUAUUAUUACAGUCAUGAAAUAAUUUUAAGUCACUAUUAGCAUGGAAAUUAAGUAGGCUGUUUUAUCUUAAAGAAUUAAAUUCACGUUUCUGCCUCCAACAUGAGAUUAGUUUUGAUCAAACACUAACCAAGGAAAAAUAUAUGAAAGCCCAACUUCAAUAGUAAUAUUUUGGAUAAAUCUGAUAAAUCUGAUACUUUUAAAAUGUCACAUUAUUCAACACAUACAUUAACUAUCAGAAAUUAUUGAAGCAUACCAGCACUAAUACCAAAACAAGACACUCAGCAUAUAUUUUACUAUCAAUUAUAAGCAACUUUAUUAUCAGCAAAAAGUUCAGCUAUUCCAUUUGCAAAGGAGAGCACAUCUGCUUUCGGGAAUAGCUAAAGCAGAAGUAUAAACAUUUCAUUUCUUAAAAUUUUGAAAUUGUGUCUGAAUUUGAAUAGUGUUUCUACCACCAGCAGUAUAUUACUUAGAAAACCAUAUGGCUUUCCUUAAAUCUAUCUGAGGUUAUAGUGUGAUAAGUUUAAAACAGUUGCCAUCUUUCUAGAACAUGAUGUUCUAAAGUCUUUUGCUGGGUUACAGGACACUGCUGAGUUUAAUCCAAGCUUUUACAGUAUUACUAGGAGACUGAAUGUUAACACUAACAUCUUGAAAAAUAAGAAAAAGUCAUAAUCUAUCAAAAGUUUACUACAUAUCAUUAAAAGUUUUCAAGGCAGUUGUCUAAUAUGAACAGUACUCUAAAUAGUGCAUUGUUAAGAGGGAGGACAAGUAUUAUAUUUUUGAUCCUCUAUUUCAAGUGUGAUUUUGCCAUAACGAAAGCUAUAAAAUGCAUAGAGAAUAAUACUUCAUUUUUGCAGUAUUUUUUUAAAUUUGGGUCAAAAAUAGGAAUCAGUGUUCUUAAGAGUAUCUAAAAUACCUGUUCAGAAGUGGUAUUUUAAUUUUAAUAUUUUUUAUUGUAAAUUGGUUUUACUUUUGCUCUGUUUUCAAGUAUACUUGAUUUAUUAUAUUUAGUCUAAUUUAGUUGAAUGUGGUAAUAUUUUCUUUCUAUUUAGUGGUAGCACACCCCAGAACUGAAAAAUGGCCAGAGAAAAGCUUUCUGGACUUUGGGAACUAGUGGUUUAUUAACCUUGUUUUGAACCUUUUUUUUAGUGAUUCUGUACCAGGUAGAGGGUAAAUUUUGUUUUUAAUAAAAUCCAUAGUCUAGAACAUGAGAGAAGAGCAAACGUAAAUCAAUAUGGAUGCUUUGUGGUAUGUGUUUGGGGACCGAGCAGGAGGAAUUAUGAAGGUACCAUUUACCUAAAGCACACUUUGCCAGAUUUCUAUCUUGGUCAUAGAGUUUAGCCAUAACUACUGAGAAUAAUUCUCUUCAUCCUGAGAAAAUAUACUUAAUACUCCUGUAUCCAUUCUUAUUAUGAAAUGUAUCUUUUAUCUAAUAAGAUUGGCUGGCUCAAUUUUCUUCUAUCAAAUUAUGCAGUUAUUUUUUAUAUUACCACAUCAGCAUUAUAUUAAAAGUGUUUUUAAUGGUUGUAUUUUGUCAGACAACUACUAGUAUAGAUUCAAGUUUGCUAUUUAAUUUUUUAAAAUACAAUUUAUUUUCUAAAUUUUUUUAAAAAGCAUUUUGUUAGUUUGGAAUUAGAAAUGAUUUAUGUUAGCGGUGUUGAAAAUGAAAUCGAUAUCCCACUAGUUUUUGUGGCAAUAAUUGGGAAAGUUCAAAUAGAAAUUCAUGUUAAGACUUUUAAAAAGUGUUUUUAUAGGUUUUCAUUAAUAUUUUCCUGUUACAGUGAUAUGAAAACUGAUUAUCCUUUACUCCAAGAGAAUGUUUUAUUUGACCCAAGCAAGUAUGUAAUACUAAAGGAUUGAUUCUGACAUUCAUUGUCAAUCAACUGUAAGAUACUGUCUGGUGAAAAAUGUAAAUUUGUAAUUAGUGCCUUUCUACACAUUUUGAGAUGAGUUCUCAAUUUUGUACUAUACCUGUUCUAUAGAGGUCAGAUUAGCAGCUGAGUAACAAGACAAUUAAAUAAUUCGAAAUUCACCCUCCCCACCACCCUUUCAGUUGCCUAGCAAAGUUUCUAGUAAGUAGUGGAAAGCAAGGGACCCACCUACAUUACUUUUUGGAGAUUAUUUUAGAUUUUACUUUUAUUUGAAAGAUGAAGAAAGUUUAACAAAUCUUUUAAUAUUUUAUUAGAACUGAAAUGUAACUGCCACCCAAACAUGGCAUUUUUCUUCAUUUUGAGCAUGUUGAAUUCUUCAUAUUUAAACCCACUGUUCUUAUUGCAGCCCAUUUGGGAAUUCUUAGAAUUAACAGGUUCUUUUACAUGGAAAUAUACUAUAUAAUGUGUACUGUUAGUGUAAUUUAACUCCUUAAAAUCUGAAAUAAUAUAUGUAUAAUCUAUUGGAAAACUGAUAGUUUUAAAUACAUAAUUUUUGCUUUUAGGUUCUGUUAGGUGUGCUUAAAGGUAUAAUUUUAUUCUAUAUUAGAGGAAAGAGAAUAAAUUCAAGUUUUAUUGUUAAAAAUGAUUUUUAAAUGGGCACUAUCCUUUGAGCCAAAGUCAUUUUGAUUAAGCAUAAAUUAACUUUUAUUUUCUAUAGCAUAAAGAAGAUAUUUUCCUAUGGAAACAGUGAGUGAUGCAGGCAGUGCUGUAAAAAUUCUCUGAAGAGCUAUGGGGAAUCAACAAAGCAAAGUAAAUUUUAAAGAAAACAAUAAAUCUUUAUAUUUUUAAAAAUCUUUUUGGUGUAUCUUAGGACAGAUUAGAAAUGGAAUUGUUUGUGACUAUAUCACUCAUUUAAUUCUUGACUAUGUAAAACUAUAUCAGUAGAAAAUGUAGUGGUAUUAUGCCUUUGGAUAGGUAAAUUCCAUUGACAUUCAUCUUUGAAGACCAACUUCAUGAGUCUAAACUUUUCAUCUAUGGCUUUGGAUCCAAAAUCUUUCAUUUCCAGUUCAAUUCUAAAGGAUCUUUUCAUAUUUUGUUGGGAUAAAGUCACUUCGAAAUGCAGUCUGGUAACUUGUAUUUGGUAGAACAUUGUGCUGGCUGUCUUAAAGAAGUGGAUUUGAAUCUUAAUAUGGCCAUUACUUAUCUAGUUGACCUUAGACAGUUACUGUUCAUGGCCUUUGUUUUCCCCAUACUGAGAAACUUAGGCCAGCCAGAGCUCCAUCAUAUCUUUUGGUUUUAAAAUCCUGAACACUACAUUAAAUCAAGAAAAGCUAAAAAUACUAGGAAAGGACAUGUAAUAUGAAAUUAAAUUCACUUUUAUCUGUUCUUUGAUAUCCAUUUCAUUAUCAUUUUGGUUAGUUGAUGAAUACAAUCAGAUAAGGAAACAAAGUAUCAACUAGUAACUGCUACUUAGCUUCAAUUGAGCUAAGAGCUAAUGACAAUGCAGAAAAUAAGCCAUAUUACUAAGAAAAUGAUUGAAAGCUGCUGAAAAAACACCAGUGUUGUGUUUAAAAUACUCUUUUCUAGAGAAUAUCUUGUUUCCUGGCUUUUACAAAUUAGAAGUGGUCAGUUCAUAGUAUAUUGGCUUUAUUAUUAUUAUUAUUAUUAUUAAUAAAUUUAUUUUUUAUUGGUGUUCAAUUUGAGUAUAUUGGCUUUCGAUGCUACCCCAAACUCCAAUUCUGUUGGACUUUCCAGUAUUGAAAUGACAGCGCAGCCAGGCUGUCACUAUUUUACAAAUGUCUAAUUUUGAGAAUAGUUUACAUUCAAGGUUAGUUCCUUCAGUAAUAUUUCAUCCUUACUCAUUUAGCAUUAUUGUGAAGGCUGAAAUCCAAGUCAGGUUCCCCAAAAGCAUUUUUUUUAAGAGUUCUAGGUGGCCAAAAUUGAAUAGAAAAGGUCUAUUUAAAAAAAAAAAAAAAUCAACUCCAUUUUAAAGUAGAAAAGAUAGUGUGUUCAGCACAUCCUAAAUCAGUUUUAAAUGCAUAUGAUUGGGUAAAAUUUGGGGAGAAGGUUAAUUUCGAGGUAUAGAGUCCUACUAGAAAUGAAUGUCAAAACAGUUGAUUUAGUAAAGAUAAACAUGAUGUAGAAAAAUCUUCAGAAGGAUAUGAAGUAAUAGAAUAUGUGAAUGAAAACAGUGAGUAUCCUCAUUAAAGGCACUUAAAGUUACUAAGAAGAAAGUACAGUCUUACUGUAGUAGAUAUCUUACUUUUAAAGUGGCCAAAGGACCAAAGACUGAUCAGGUUUUUUAGAAUUUGUUAGUGUUGUCAGUCACAUCUUUUUAAUUAAACUGGUCAUCUACAUUGUCUCCUAGAAAUGGAGAAAUAAAAUGUGCAAUGCAUAUCUUUUGGAAUAGAUAACAAAGUUCUAGAAGAGUGGCAAUGUUCUCUUGAACAAACUUGUAAAAUUUCAAUUAAAAUGUUACCUCAUUUUUCAAUCCAUAGGUGCUUUGCUCAAGCUUGUGGGAUUUGCAUCCAUAAAUACCCCCUUCACCCAAACUGUAUUUGAAAUAUGCAAAAUUCGCAACCAAGGGAUAGCAUUCCUUGGAGAUUCUGUUUCAUUUUAUUCUUGUUUGCCACCAGCAGGACUAACCUGGUAUAGCAGAUUCACAUACUGUCUUCAUUAAAGCACACAGGCAAGUGCUCAGUCAGUACUUACUUAGUUUCAUUAAAACCAAAUCAGGGCAAGAGAAAACCCCAAAAUUUGAUUGAUUAUAUUAACUGUGACUAUAUUUCAUUCCAUGUUGGGAAGAUAUCAAAUGUUUCUCAUCUGAUCUUGGUUGUGUAUGAUUUAUUUGCAUAUGUUGGCCCUAUUUACAAGAGACUCUUAAACAUUUUAAUUCUUCUUAUAUUUUCCCUCAGGAAGUUCAGGGACUGGACAAGCCCCUCUUUUGUUCUCUUGGAGUAAACUGUUCAGUGUAGUUACGAAAUUUUUAAUUUCAAUUUAAAAAAGUUUAGCUGCUAUUUCAUCAAAAGUGUGCAUUUAUAAAAUGAUGGUUAUGAUUUUUUCCGAUUGUGUAAUAGUUUAAAAUUUUACCCUAUUUAUUGCACAGAGCAUGGUUUAAAAAAAAAAAAGACUAAAAGCAAUUACAGCCUUGUCCCUGGAUUUCUCCUAAUCAGAAUAUAAUGAUUAUAAUCACACAUUGCCAUCUUUGUAUAAAUUGGUGCUUUAGAGCAUUAAAGAGGAAACAGCAGGCCCUGUAAAAUAUACUUCUUGCCUCAGAAUAUAAAACUAAGUGUAUUUAUAUUUAUGUUCAUUUCUUAAGGUUUAAAUACAAACUCUUGUUAUCCAUCAAGUUUCAGGCUUUCUACAAAAACCAUAACAAUAUCUUAGCUAAUCAGCUUCAUCAAAAUAGAUGGUGUCAAUACGGGCAAAAUUAGGAAUUGGAUCUCUCUGUGGGUCCCAUGGUAUUGCAUAGAGGGGGGAAAAGAAGAAUGUCUUUCACUCUACAAACUGCUUCUUAACCCCAACCAAGCAACUGAGAUGUGUGCUAUUGGUCUAAUAUAUAGCAUUAAUAAAAGAGCAAACCAAUAACUUAAUGUGUUUACAUCAUCACUUCUUGAAAAUGGAUCAAAGCAUGUUCUACUGAGGGUGGGACUGUUUAAAGAUGUGUUUUAAAUUUAAUAGCUUCAUUACUGUCAUAAAAUGCUUCUUUUAUAUGUUAAGUUUAGGUUGCUGGUACUCACAAUUUUUUUUUAUUUCUGCAAUUAUGUUUUAAUGAGUUGCUUGCAUGCCUACUCACCCAAGUGAAAAAGGAUGCUGUUUGCUCUGGAAUGUUCAUCUUUUAGACAAGAUUUGGCUCAUUUACAAUCAUGGUGCAAUACAGUGUAACAUUCAUUUGUUUUCAGUCAACAGUUUUAUUUUUGUCAUAAUAAAUAAUUACUUUUCCAAUAUGA